UCUGCAAGUUUGCCUCUUUGUCAGAAAUGUGUUUAAUAUAUAAUUGUACCAUUUCGAGCAAAAAUAUACGUUAUUUGCUACUCCACAAUAACAGUCAUUAUAGUUUGAAUGAAGGUUUCUUGAAUCUUGAAGUGUUUCGAAGUGUGAACGGGUAUCGAUUUUUUUGCGUAUGCUCUAGUCGAGUUCGAUAUCUAAUCGGAUUAUUUCAUUGUGUAAGCAGCUGUACCGUUUAUAUGAGUAGCUUGACUAGACAGUAGACUGCUUGUCAUUUAAAUUAAAUUGCCGGUUUUUAACAGCAAUCUCUUUAAACCGGACGGUUGUUGAAGUUUUCGUCGAAGAUCUGGGGAAAAGCAAUUACUGAGCCCAUCAGCUAUUUUGAGUGAGAUGGCAGACAGCGGCCUCUGUGGUUGUGCAGGACGGGAGGAGCUUCAGACAUCGGAGGACGUCGGGCUGAACGAAGCCUGUGGUGUCUUUGGAUGCGUUGCCACGGGAACCUGGCCAACUCAGCUGGAUGUCCCCCAUAUCAUAUCCUUGGGACUAGUUGGCUUGCAACAUAGGGGCCAGGAGAGUGCAGGUAUCGUCACCAGCCAUGGUGGUACCUCUCCUUUCCGCAAACACAAAGCCAUGGGCCUGGUGGGCCAGAUCUUCACUGAGGACGUCCUUGCUAAGCUACACGGCAACCUGGGUAUCGGGCACACGCGCUACUCCACGGCCGGUACCUCAGACCUGACCAACUGCCAGCCAUUCAACGUGGAGACCCUGCACGGCUGGAUAGCGGUGGCCCACAAUGGGGAGCUGGUCAAUGCCCUCAGACUUAGGGAAAAUAUUCUACGACAUGGCGUCGGCCUAUCUACGACCUCUGAUUCGGAGGUCAUCACCCAGAUACUAGCCCGCCCACCGCCGGGCAGCGAAUCAGACGGUGCAGACUGGCUGGGGCGGAUAAAGCAACUGAUGAACGAGACCAUGCUGUCCUACUCCCUGCUGAUAAUGCAUGGAGAGAGUGUAUACGCAGUCAGGGAUCCAUACGGCAACAGACCCCUGUGUAUUGGCAAACUGAUGGGCGUUAGCUAUUUAGAUCCCAAAGACCAGGAGAGCAGUAUAGAAGGCUGGGUGGUGUCGUCCGAGUCAUGCAGCUUCCAAGCCAUCGGCGCUCAGUACUACCGAGAGGUUCAACCAGGGGAGAUUGUACAGAUCACUAAACAGGGUAUCAAGACGUUAGCCACAGUGCCAAGGCCGGAACAACAUCCACCAGCAUUCUGUAUCUUUGAGUAUGUCUACUUUGCCAGGCCUGACAGCAUACUUGAAGGUCAGAUGGUGCACGCUGUGCGGAGGCGUUGCGGAGAGAGGCUAGCCCUAGAAGCCCCAGUAGAAGCAGACUUAGUCAGUACGGUGCCUGAGUCUGCCACACCAGCCGCUCUAGGCUACUCACAGAUGUCUGGUGUCCCGUACACAGACGUCUUGACCAAGAAUCGCUACAUAGGCCGCACCUUCAUUCAGCCGAGCACCCGCCUAAGACAGCUGGGCGUCGCCAAGAAGUUUGGCGCUCUGACGGAGAAUUUCAGGGGAAAGCGCAUCAUACUGAUCGACGACUCCAUCGUCAGGGGAAAUACGAUUGCCCCGAUUGUCAAGCUUCUUAAACAGGCUGGGGCAAAAGAGGUCCACAUCCGUGUCGCCUCGCCCCCGGUCAAGCACCCCUGCUACAUGGGAAUCAACAUCCCCACUAAGGAAGAGCUGAUAGCCAACCGCGUGGAGACCCAGCGUCUGGCGAGCUACUUCGGUGCCGACAGCGUGGUCUAUCUGUCCGUGGAGGGACUGAAAACAGCAGUCAGGGAGGGGAUUCAGAACAAAGACACGGCCUCGCACAAAUCGCAACACUGCACAGCGUGCUUGACGGGAGAAUAUCCUGUGGAACUAUCGUGGUAAUAGAUGAAAAAAAAUAUAAAAUUUGUAGACUUGUAGAAGGAUCAUUGAUUAAUCUGAUUGGGCCUGCAAAGCAGAAUAAUAUUACUUAACAAAUUUAUGUGCCAAGCACAUAAUGGAGGAGCUACUCAAAUCUGCAGUUCCAAACUGAAUUUGAAAUUGACGUCCUGAUUCAAUAGGGGCAUUGUUGCAUUUUUUGUGAGUGCAAAUUCUCACUUUCACUUGGGGGUGUGGGGGGGGGGGGGUGGGGUAACACACUCGAGUAUACAGUGUUUAUACGUCGGUGAAGAGCAAAACCUAAUGAAUUUUGCGAGUGAAUUUGGCAAACCAAAUAGUGAAGCGGGAUCUGUAGUGUCUGAGGCAACUUUCUCUUUCCGAAAUGGAGGACCAUGCAUCGUGAAUGUACACAUUUAUGUAGCAAGAAGUAUCAAAUUUUUAGGGAAACUGGAAAAUUUGCAUUUGGGUCAUCUGUAAAUUUAGAGUCCAAAACGUGACAUUUUGCUGGUCCCUGUAACGUGGUACUUUGUGAUUUGCAUUUCAAAUAUCAUUAAGAAUGACUUUUGAUAUGUUGCAUAGGUCGUUUGCUAUUCAUAAAUUAUCUUAGAGCAUAGAGGCUCACAGACUGCAUGAAGGAGUGCAUCAGAAUUAUAAAAUCAUUGACGUCAGAUGAAACAGGGACAGGAAAAAAGUGGAAUCCAAAUUCAUAGACUGACGCACUUACACUUCUUCCAGAAUAAAAUUGCUGUAUUUUUAGUAUCUGUUGCUGUCUACCAGUCAUAUAUUCUGCAAGAAAUGUAUGACCUUGCCACUAGUGUUUAUCAAUGCACUUAAUGAUUGCAUCAACUUAGUUAUUUAACAUUUCUAUAUUUUAAGCAAAAAAGUUGGCUGAAUUAAACAUUAAAAAGUGUACAAAGCCAGUAAGCUUGUAGUAUACUUUUUCGGUUAUUUAUUUUGGGAACAUUGUACAUUACAUUUUUAAUGUUAAAAAAACACAAAAAACGUUGUGCAGCUUCAUUUUAUCUGAUGCAGAAACUGGUAAAUGUUGAAAAAAAAUUCAUAGCAAAAUUGUCCAUACAUAUCUUUUGUGUAGCAGCUGUGUACAGAUGUGAUAUGAGGUGCGUAAAUUUGUUUGUUUUACAACACAACAGAUUUUGAUACAAUUACAGUAUUUUAAUGCAGUGGUAUUCCGCUUUCGAUUUGUGCUAAAAAAAUUGUAUUUGAGAAGGAAAAUGAAGGACUCUCCAGCUGAAUAGGGAAACUUAUGAGUGAUUUUUAAAAGAAAAAAUUCUUUAUUUAAAGGUUUGUGUGUCAUAAAAAUAAUGUUGAAGUGACUUACAGAAAAUACUAUGAACAUAAAUUUUGCCUUUGUUUAAUUUAAAUUUAAUCAAUUUGAGUUGGUAAAUAUGGUAACUAUGAAAAAAAUUAGUCUAUUUAAGGUGCCCCAAAUGUUACUUUUGUUAAGUUGAGUGAUGUGUUUUGCAUGUACAGACAUAUUUUGAAUGUUUGACUUUGGAUCGUUUUUCAGAUAGUUUGCGUUACAAAUGAAUUCUUAAGGAGGAAAUAAUUGGGAAUUUUUUUUUUCUCAAGUACAUUUAAAAGUAUUCUAUCUUUAUGAAAUAUUGAAAGAAACUUACUGGAAAGUAGUAAAGUGUCUUAUCUGAAAUAACCUUAAAAUGGAUGAAGUAUGAAAGUGAAAAAGAAAAUUUGUUUAGUUUGGACGUAGAUAAUAUGCAAUCUGAUAAUGGUCUUAUUGGAAGAAAUAACCAAUUAAGAAAACAAUUUUGAAGAGUUCAUCACAAAUUUGGUGAACACUUUAAAUGAACAGUUUUCGGGCCUCAGUUAACUUUGUAUCACCACCAUAAUUCAAUAGUUUUUAAUUGUUUAAAACAAACCCCACAAUGUAAUUAAUGUUAUUUGUUUUUGAACGCACAAUUUAACAUUUUGGUUGUAUAAAUUUCUGUACUAAGAGGUCUUACAAGGUUUGGCGUAUAACUAACAGCCAUAUUGUGUAUUCAUUCGUAAAAACGGUAAUAUCUUUUUCAAAACGCUAACAAAUUCUUGUAUAUUUUUUGCCAUUUGUUGUUGCACCUGAAAUACUUGUAUUUUGUGACUUAGACUCUGCAAAUAAAGGCUUUACAAUGUAAAGUUUUUUUUUAGGAAACUUGUUUGUAUAUUUCACGCUAUAUUUUCGUAACGUGUGGAGAAUAAAACGGACUUUAAAAAUUAUGAGUCAUUAAGA